AGUCCUGUUAAUAAUCUGGUUUGUCAAGAUAACCGAAAACCAGUUUCGAAUUUCACACGACGAAGCCGCAAAAUGUAUCCUGUUCAGUUUCACAGCAUUCGUCAUCCAACCUCGAGAGAGAAGGACGUCGCCAAUAAAGCAUCCAAAGACACUGCUGCUGCAGGCCAUUGGAUAUGUCGUCAGUUCGACAUCUUGAAUUUGGCGAUUGGGUAUUUCUACUCACGAGCGUAUUUGAGACGAUUAUGUUUUGUGGCUUUCAAACAGGAUGGUCUUCUUUGGUGUACGUCUUUAUCGAGGAAGGAAUUUAUGCUCAUCUCUGUGGAAAUGUAGAUCUUCAAAUGAAUGCUUCAGAAUAUUUACUCACAAACUCUAGCAAUUUAGUGCAACCGCUAAGCAAUGCCUUCAACGAAACCCGAAAGAAUGAUUGUAUUGCUCAACAAGAAAUGCUCAAUUUGGCCUACACAAUCUCCAAUUCAGUGUCGUCUAUAGCGGCUUUUCCUAUUGGAAUGGCAAUGGAUCGCAUUGGGCCGCGUUUCUCAAGAAUUAUAUCUGGAAUAUUACUUGGCUGUUCCUGCUUUUUAAUGUCUUUCUUAAACUCUGAAAACUCUGCUAUUUUGUUUGUUGGUUUAAACGUGGCUUGUCUCGCUACAAUUGUAUUAUUUAUGACUCCGCAAGCGUGCAUACGAAGGUUCAAAAAAGGUCAUUCUGUACUGAUCGGUUUAUAUUGUGCUGGCUGGGCUGGCUCUUCAUUUACCAUGCUUGUUUUCAAGGUACUUCACGAGAGCAGUGGAGUAAGUAUUGCUACUUUCUUCCGAUUCUUGACUGUCGGCUGCGUCUUCUUGUGUAUAAAUGCUGCUCUGCUUUAUCCUGAUUCUGUUACUGCAUUUUCCGGUGAAAAGCCACCAUUAAAGGAGAAAAAAUUUAACAAAACAGCAUUUUCUUGUUUUGGUCGUGGAAUACAAAAAUUAAAAUAUUACAUCGCUCUGAUGAUCAAGGGAAGUAAUGAUAAAAUAAACAAUAAUUACACUCGUCAAAACAAAGACGAACGGGAACAAUUGAUGGUGCAAAGUACGAACUUGAAUUGUGUGCAAAAAAAUACAGAUUGCGGAUUUCAUUCAACAAAACACAUUCACGAUUACCAAAGCCAGGAUUUGGAAUUGACGAAGACAAACAGUUCGCUUUCUCUGAAUCCGUUGUCUCAAUCUUUUACAUCAUCAAUCACUGUUUUUGAUAAUGUUCUCGAAGUGAAGCAAAUGGUGGAUUCUGACUAUAAACAAAAAACACAGAUACAUUUGAAAAACAAAUGCGAACACAAUACCAGGCAAAGUUUUGCACAAGAUGUGAUAUCAGAGAAACAAGGAGGGGAAAAACACAACCCAUCCGCAGAUCUUCAAGUGUGGACUGCAAAAUCUGCGGUGGCCUAUCUCAAGUCUGGGAUUUCUUUCAAGAAUUGUGUCUUGUCUAGACUUCAUAUCCUUUUGGAACUAUUCCUUACUGUGUGCAAAUUGCGAGCAUGGGUCUUUGUGGGAAUUUUUUAUAAUUUUAUUUCGGAGCUUUGCGAAGGAGAUCGCGCAACAGUGGCAAAAUAUGUAACCAUUUUUGGAUUAAGUCAUAUCGGGGCGUUCGUUAUGGCUCCAUUAUUUGGUUACAUUAUCGAUAGACAAUGUUCUGAAGAUGACGAUGUUGUUGUAAAGCCAUCAAAAGACUUGGAAAAAGAACAUCAGAUAUUUAUGAUGCACGUAGAAGAUACUCCGCGCGUCCUUAAAUUUAUAAUACGAUGUUAUAGGAGAAGAAUAUUUAAAUUGAACGACGCAGUCUUGGUGACGGUUUCAGCAAAUGUUGUCUUUUGUCUGUUGUCGUUAGUUCCUAGUCUUCCUGUACAGAUCAUCACCUUUCAGUUGUACGUGUUUGUCAAAGUUGCCUACGAUACUGUGUUUACGAGUAUACUUGUUCUCUUAUUUCCACAGAAACAUCUUGGGAAAUUAAUGGGUUUUGCUGCUUUUAUCGGCGCCAUCUUUUCUCUUCUUCAAUAUCCUUUGUUUCUUGUAAUGGAGGAGUGGUUCGAUGGUCGAACGAUCCAGAUUCAUAUAUUUCUGUGGGUUUUAUCCUUGCUUGGCUUUGGUUUACCUAUUUAUCUUUGGCGUAAAGCUUCAAAACAAGAUCCAAACAGUCUCGCGUUUGUUAAUGUGUAGUGGGGAAAAAGAGAGAUUCACAUAUCUGUCUGUUGGCGUAGCAAAAAAAGUUUUGUUUUUGCUCAAAAAUACCGCCAUCGUUGUCAGGGAUUAACGUCCAUAAUGAAUUGAAAUACAUGCGCUUGGUUUUCAUGGACUCACUUUUAAAAACAAUUUGAAAAACUGCUUCAGUCACUAAAAAAGCGCCAAGGAGACAAUUUGCCUGUGUGUUGUGAGAUAUGAGGCAUAAACAUUUAGUACAAUAACGUUAUUUUAAACUCUUUAAUUUAAAAUUUACCACAACCGUUGCAACUUGAUGCAAUAUGGCAUAGAAUAUGGCACUAUAGAAACGUCAUAUACGUUCAUUAAUGGAAGUUUUAUCUUAGUAUCUAUUCACAAUAAAUAUUUAUUUCUUGGAAAACGCAAAACACGAAUUUUAGACUAAAUUAAAGUUUUAAAAACA